AUGGGUACAUUUGAUGAAUUAACAGAUAAUUUUGAAACUUGGUUGAUUGAAAAUGGUGUAAUUAUAAAUCCUAAAAUCAAAAUUCAUAAUUUUUCAAAUAUUGAUUUAGGUAGAGGUUUAAUUGCAACUGAUAACUUAGAAUCAAAUGAAAUUUUAUUUAAAAUUCCGAAAAAUAUAAUUUUUAAUAUGAAGAAUAAUUCAUUAAUUGUAAAAUAUCCAAAAUUGUACUCAAAAUUAUUAAAUAUAAAUCCUUGGAAAAGUUUAAUUAUUGUCUUAUAUUAUGAAUUCAAAAAUAAUCAAAACUCAUUUUGGUUUAAUUAUCUCAAGAUUCUUCCUGACUCCAUCUCCGAUUUUAAUCAAUUAAUCUUUUGGAGUCCUGGUGAAUUGAAAUCUUUACGACCUAGUUGUAUAUUGGAUCGAAUUGGUUAUGAUUCAGCUACUGAAAUGUAUGAUAAAAUUUUGAAAAUAAUGGAAGAAUUUGCAAUACCUGAGUUUGAUAAGGAUGUUUUCACAUUUGAAAAAUACAACAUAAUCGCAACUUUGAUACAAUCAUAUUCAUUUGAUUUAAAUGAGGAACAAGACGAUGAAGAUGAAAAUGGAGAUGAAAAUGAGGAGGAGAAGGAGGAGGAGGAAAGCAUAAAAUCAAUGAUUCCAUUAGCAGAUACACUUAAUGCGGAUACAAAUUUAAAUAAUGCAAAAUUGUUUAAUGAAGGAAAAGAAUACCUAGUAAUGAAGUCGAUCAAACCAAUUUUUAAAGAUGAACAAAUUUUUAAUACUUACUCCGAUCAUCCAAAUUCUGAAAUAUUAAGAAGAUAUGGGUAUGUAGAACCUCAAGGUUCAAAAUUUGAUUUUGGCGAAAUUCCAAUAAGUUUAAUAAAAGAUUUUUUUGUUGAAAAAUAUGAUAUAACUGUUGAAUAUUUAAAUUCAGUUUUUAAAUUUAUAAAAAUGAUAUGUAAUGAUGAAGAAGACGAUGAUGAGAAAAUAGAAUUAAUAUUGGAUACUUAUGACUGUUUUAAAAAUAAUCAGGUUAUAAUUGAACUAAUAUUUUUGAUACAAAUUUUGACAAUUAUACUUAAGAUUAAAGAUGAGAUAAAUAUUGAAUUUAAUCAAAUUAAUAAAAUUUUUAAAAAAUGUUAUCAAUUGAUUGAGAUGAAGAGAAUUACAAAAGAAUUUAUAAUUAAUUUUGAAUCUAUUUUACAGAAACGAUUAGAUCAGUAUCCUGAUAUUGCAAAAGAACCAUCUGAAAAUCUGAAUAAUAUUUUAUUUGAUAGGUUUAAAAUGGCAGAAGUUGUUCUUAAAUCAGAAUAUCAAUCAAUCUCAAAUUGUAAAAAUAAUAUAAAUAAGACUAUAGAAAAAGUAAUUGGUGAUUGCAAAGUAAUUGCUGAUUUGAAAUUGAUUCGUAGUAUAUUGAAAAAGAAAAUAAUACAAGAUAAUGUAGAUACUACCGAUGUUGAAAUUGAUGGAAUAAACGGAAAUAUAGAUGGAAGUCCAGGAUGUAAUAUAGAGGGAAUAAAUGGAAAGAAAGAUGGUCCUAAUGGUUUAAAUUUACAAAAUGGUUUUACAAAUGGUGGUUUAAAUGGUUAUUCAGAUGGUCGGUUAAUUGGUGAGGCUAAUGGUAGUAUAGAUGUGCAACAAGUUAUCGAAUCUAAAAGAAAAAGACGUAAAAGAAGAUAA